UCUCUUAGUUGAACCGUUAUAGAAAUAUCAUCAAAAGAGUGACGCUGUUACCAUCAGAACUAGAAAGGUUAUUUCCAACCCAUUAUUAGCCAGAAGACAAUUUGUCAUUGAUGUCUUGCACCCAAACAGAGCUAACGUCUCCAAGGACGAAUUAAGAGAAAAGUUGGCUGAAAUUUACAAGGCUGAAAAGGAUGCUGUUUCCGUUUUCGGUUUCAGAACUCAAUUUGGUGGAGGUAAGUCUACUGGUUUCGGUUUAAUUUACCAAUCCGUUGCUGAUGCCAAGAAGUUCGAACCAGCCUACAGAUUAGUCAGAUACGGUUUAGCUACCAAGGUUGAAAAGGCUUCCAGACAACAAAGAAAGCAAAAGAAGAACAGAGACAAGAAGAUCUUUGGUACUCAAAAGAGAGCUGCCAAGAGAGCUGCCAGAAGAAACGCCGAUUAAGCUUGAAAUGUUUAUAUUAUAUUACUUUAUUUCAAUCAUGGAUAUAUAAUAUUUAAUUUUGGGUUUAGUUAAUAAAAAGAAACCCUCCGAAUGUAUAUUAUAAAUGGAGUUGUAAUUUGUAGAUUUGCCAAAAGAAGUUUAUAAAUUUUGCACUACACUGUAGAAUGCGUGGCUAUUCACAAAAGUUGUGUUUGCAUCCCGUAAGUAUUUUUUUUUUAAUCAUCAACCCACAUACCAUGUCCGAGAGAAAAGCCAUAAAUAAGUACUACCCUCCAGAUUGGGAUCCAUCCAAGGUAGUCAAGAAGAAGAAACAAAAUGGCAAUCAAACAAUCAAGAUUCGUAUGAUGGCACCAUACUCUAUGCGAUGUCUUAAAUGUAAUGAAUAUAUUGCUGAACGAAGAUCUUUUAAUGCAAGAAAAGAAACUACCAAUGAGAAAUAUCUUAAUAUUAAAAUCAUUAGAUUCUAUAUAACUUGUCCCGGGUGUAACAAUACCAUUACUUUUAAAACAAAUCCACAAACUGCAGGUUAUACCCCUGAGGAAGGGGCGGUACGAAAUUAUGAACCAAAGAAAAAGAUUUCAAAUGCAAAACCUGGUGAAUCUGAAGAUGAUCUAUUGAAGCGGCUAGAGAAGGAAGAAGAAGAGAACAAGAAGUUUCAACUUUUAAAAGAAAAGAGAAAGUAUGAUCCGUUUUGGUCUGAAAAGGAACAGUUGAAUAAUGGUGGAGAUGUCAUGCAAAAUCUUGAAAAGAGAUUGCAAGAACAACAAAAACAACAAGAGAUAAAUGAUCAAUUAGAGGAAUUGCAAGUUAAACUUGAUGAUGUGAAAGCAAAAGGCGGAACUGAUAAAAUAGCUGAUAUGGCACAAAAGAAAGUCGAAUCAGAUAUACAACUACAAAAGAAAAUUCAAGAACAAGCUGAUAACCAAGAUGAAGCAAUUGCAAAGACCGCAUUUUCCCGACUGAAAAGACCAUUGGAGGCUUCUAAGCUUCCAACCGUCAAACGUACCACAAUCCCAAGUAAAAUCACACUCAAGAAGAAACCUAUAUCUACACCUGUUAUCAACAAUUUGGAUUACUCAUCUUCUGAUGAAGACUAAAAAGAAUUAUAUUUUUCUAAACACGCCUAAUUAAAUUCAAUAUUAGCUAAUGCAGUUACUAUCACCUCUGGUGGUUCAACAUUGGCAUGGUAGCCCCGUUGUAUAGCUUCCAAUUCGGGGAUCAAUUGAUUAAUUUGAACCUUAUCCAUAUCCUUUCGGCAUAAACAAGUAGCACGAACAACAUCAACUUUGCAAAAAUAAAAUGUCGGCAAGAUAUUCUUUUCCCAGAUGUGGGGAAUAUCAUUCAUUGGAUCAGGACACAUUCCAAUAUCGGCCACAAAUUCAAGUGCUCUCAAACUUGUCAUGAGAUAGUAACCGUCCUUGGCUGUAAAUAAGUCUGAUAAUCCACCAAAGAAUACGGCAAUAUCACGAUCCACUGCUUCGGAAAAUGAUUUAUACUUCUUUACUGCAGUUGGAUCAAUCUUCUUACCAUCUCCAUGUAAGAUAUUUUCCAACCCAAUUCUAAUAUAACUGGAAAUAAAUUUAUCCAACAAUACAUUAAAUGUCAACAGGUACAUAUCGUAAGAUGCAUAACUUCUCAAAUCUUGCAUAUAUUCUUUUAUGGUUUGAACAAUCAAUUGUGCCGAAAUAGGAUCAUUUGAAGUUUGUUGAUCUUCUUCAUACCAUUUCUUGGUAAAUAAUGUCGAUAAUGCAGGGUAUAGAUCAUUAAUUAUAAUUUCAACUAUUGCAGUGAUAAUUUGGGCAUUUAAAUCAGUACUUGGAGUUAAAGUGCUUUCGAUUGCUUGUUGGAUUCGAUCUUGAUAAUGGGCAUGAACAUUGUCCUUAUAUUUAGGCAAGAAUUUAUCUUGAAGUCUAUCGGUAUUGAUAACAAAUGUAUUACCUAAUGCUGUCAAAUACUCGAUUAAACCAGGUCGGGAGAUUUCAUUGAUUUCUUCGUCGGUUAAAGCAUCGGGGUCAAUAAUUGCUUGCGAAGGUUUUCUUUUGAAUAAUCUUUUAACCGCACUUUCUUUGAUAAGAUAUUUUUCCUUAUUAUAUAUAGACAUGUAUCGAUCAAUUUCAUCUUCAAGUAUGUUUCGGAAAUUUUCAAUUCUUUCAAGAUAGCAUUUGGACCAAUUUUCAAUAACACCAACCAAAAUAUUGGAAUAUCCCGAUUCAGCUGCAACAUCUGCUUGUUGUUGCAACAUCGUUAAUGGAGUUGUGAAAUCUGGCAAUACAAAUACAUCAGCUUCAAAUUGACGUUCAACAGCCAUUCCUUGUUCGUCAUCAAGGUACAGUUGGAAAUAAUUAUAAGUAGUUGGUUGUUCCAGUCUUUGUCUAAAUGAUUCAGUCUCUUGUUUCAUUAAAUUACGGUUCCAUUCUCCCAUUUUAGACACAAUGACCUUGAGAUAAUCUUCCAAGACAACAUUCUUCAAAUCUUCGCCAAUAAUUGAACGUUGGUCUUUUGGUGUUCGUUUACCUUCUUGUAAAGAUUCGAUAAACUUUCCAUAUCGUUUAUCAUACGAUAAGAUCUUCAUUAAAUCCUCAGCUGUAGGUUCACUUUCAAUAACUUCCAUGGUGAACUUAUGUAAUCUAUUAAAAUAAACAUUCUGAAUAAACUCAUCAAUUUUCCAUGUGGGAGGAAAGAACAUAAUCAAGCUCUUCUUGACAAAUAUGAGCUCUUCUUCUAACCAACCUAGAUUAUCAUAAACUUGCAUCUUUUCAGGAUAAUAUUCAAUACAGUUAUU